AUGAAUCGAGCUGGUAAACUUGCACCUGAAGUCAAUCGGCAGAUAAGGCAGGGCAUGGCAAACAAUACGAAAGGCACCGCAUUUGUCGUCUACGAAGACGUGAUGGAUGCAAAACAGGCUUGCGACAAAUUGAACGGCUUCAACUUUCAGAACCGCUAUCUCGUUGUAUUAUACCACCAACCGGAGAAGAUGCUCAAGUCAAAAGAAGAUCUAGCAGAAAGACAAGAGAACCUUGAGCGACUGAAGAAGGAACACAACAUAGAACGCCUACAGCCUCUGACGGGCAGAAUGUACCCUCCUUCGAAACCAUCAGCCUUCGUAUCCUCAACCCUCAGCCAAUCCAUCAUACACGCUUCUACAUCCACGGUAUCCCCUUUCAACACCACAACAGACGGCGUAAAGCAAGCUGGAGCGGAAAAUGGAGACUGUAGAUUGCUUGGACCUUUCGCCCUCUUCAUACAAGGGGCACUGGGGAUCUUGGCUUUAAGUUCACUGGUCUUUAAGCGGUGGCGCGAGCGACCACAAAGACCUGUGAGGAUAUGGGCCUUCGACGCCUCGAAGCAGGUUGUCGGUUCAGGCUUACUGCAUGUAGCGAAUCUGCUCCUGUCCAUGAUCUCAUCCGGAGAGCUCACCCCCAGUCCAAAGGCAGGAGACUACCAAGCCAAUCCUUGCUCAUUCUACUUACUGAACCUGGCCAUGGAUACUACGAUAGGCAUUCCCAUCCUGAUCAUCUUGCUGCGCCUCCUCACCCAUGGAUUCCUUUUGACGCCAUUUGGUGAGCCCCCCGAAUCAAUCGAAUCUGGAAACUAUGGCAGACCGCCGAAAACCAAGUGGUGGUUCAAACAAUGUUUCAUAUAUUUCCUCGGCUUGAUAGGGAUGAAACUCUGUGUAUAUUUCAUUUUCAAACUCUGCCCUUGGAUCAUUCAAAUCGGCGACUGGGCUCUAAAAUGGACGGAGGGCGACGAGAGAAUUCAAGUAUUCUUUGUCAUGCUAUUUUUCCCUCUCGUCAUGAAUGCUUUACAAUACUACAUCAUUGACAGUUUUAUCAAGGACAAAAAGCCAAGCGAUCACGAGGCUGUCCCAAGUGAAGAGGGAAGUGAUGAUGAUAAUGACUCCCAAUUAAGGCAGCGUCGAUCUCAAGAAGUUGAGCAUCCAGAGACACUCUCCGGAAAUGACGAAGUCAAUGCUAUCAAGGAGCACAACGCAGUUGCAGGCGUUGGGGACGCUGUAAUACCGCCAACUUCAGGCAGACUACCUCCCAAACAGGAAGAGGGCAAAGGGGCAGAGGAAUAUGAUCCUGCACUCGAUGGUGAAGCGAGCGGUUCCAGCGCCAGUGUUACCCCUAAAGAUCCUCCAUCCUCUCGCGGUAAAGACGGCGCGGCAGAAAGCAGACGAUAA